GGUGGCCUGAGGAGUGCCGAGGUUGUUGGGGCUGAGGGAGCGAUCUGCGGGUACCUUCGGCUGCGGGAGUCACCCUGAAGAGAGGAUGACUGGAAGAGCUAGAGCCAGAGCAAGAGGAAGACUUCGAGAACAGGAGAUUCCUCUUCCUCCUGUAGGGGCUACAUCUGUUCAGCACAUUUUGCCCAGCCAGCUACCUGGCCGGCUGCAGCCUCAGCACCCACAUGUUCCUCCAGCUAUACCAGAAGCACCUGGUGCUCGUGGACAUCAGAGAAUCCCUCAGGGUGCUCCACAAGCCCAGUACCAGAGAAGGCCAGAAGGCUUACAGAUUUCAGCAGGAUUUCAGGAAUUGUCUUUAGCAGAUAGGGGUGGACGUCGUAGAGAUUUCCAUGAUCUUGGGGUGAAUACUCGGCAAGCCAUAGAACAUGUUCAAGAAUCAAAAACUGGUUCUUCAGGUACUCUGCUAAAAUUAACUACAAAUUACUUCCGUUUGAAGUCUCGACCCCAGUGGGCUUUGUAUCAGUACCAUGUUGGCUAUAACCCUGAGGUGGAAGCACGUCGGCUUCGAUCAGCUUUGCUCUUUCAGCAUGAAGAGCUAAUUGGAAAGACACAUGCGUUCGAUGGAUCAAUAUUAUUCUUGCCAAGAAAACUAGGAAAUAAGGUUACUGAAGUGUUUAGUAGGACUCGACAUGAUGAGAAUGUGAAGAUAACAAUCACAUUGACUAAUGAGUUGCCACCUUCCUCGCCUACAUGUCUGCAGUUUUAUAACAUCAUCUUUAGAAGGCUUCUGAAGAUGAUGAAUUUGCAGCAGAUUGGACGUAAUUAUUACAACCCCAAUGACCCAGUCAGCAUCCCUAACCACAGGUUGAUGGUUUGGCCUGGCUUCACAAGUUCUAUCCUUCAGUAUGAAGAGAGCAUUAUGUUAUGUGCAGAUGUGAGCCAUAAGGUUCUUCGCAGUGAAACGGUGUUGGAUUUUAUGUAUGGUCUGUUUCAGCAGAUUGGAGAGCAAAGAUUUAGAGAUGCCUGUGCUAAAGAGCUGAUAGGUUUGGUUGUUCUUACAAAGUACAAUAACAAAACAUACAGAAUUGAUGACAUUGACUGGGAUGGCAAUCCCCAGUGUACCUUUAGAAGAUCAGAUGGUUCUGAGAUCAGCUUUGUGGAGUACUACAGAAGGCAAUAUAAUCAAGAAAUUACUGACUUGAACCAGCCUGUCUUAAUCAGUCAGUCUAAGAGGAUGAGAGGAAACAUUGUGCCAGGACCUGUGGUUCUGAUUCCAGAGCUGUGCUUCCUAACAGGAUUAACUGAGAAGAUGCGUAAUGAUUUUAAUAUGAUGAAAGACUUGGCCAUUCACACACGACUGCCACCUGAGCAAAGACAGCGUGAAGUUAAAAGACUUAUUGACUACAUGCAAAAAGAUGACAACGUUCAGAAAGAGCUCAGAGACUGGGGUUUAAGCUUUGAUUCUAAUUUGUUAUCCUUUUCGGCAAGAGUUGUUCAAGGAGAAAAGAUCCUGCAAUCAGGGAGUGUGUUUGACUACAACCCCCAGCUUGCUGAUUGGUCAAGGGAAACCAGAGGAGUUCCCUUGAUCUGUUCCAAGCCUCUGGACAACUGGCUCUUAGUAUACACCAGGCGCAACUAUGAUGUUGCUAAUACAUUAAUUCAGAAUCUCUUUAAAGUCACACCAUCAAUGGGAAUCAGGAUGAACAAGGCAACCAUGAUUGAAGUAGAUGAUAGAACAGAAGCUUAUUUAAGGGCUUUACAGCAAAGUGUUACCCCUGACACAAACAUCGCAGUUUGUGUUUUGUCUAGUUCCCGAAAGGAUAAGUAUGAUGCUAUCAAGAAAUACUUAUGUACGGAUUGUCCCAUUCCAAGCCAGUGUUUGAUUGCUCGCACUUUAAGUAAGCCUCAGACUGCUAUGGCCAUAGCAACAAAAAUUGCCUUACAAAUGAACUGUAAAAUGGGUGGAGAACUUUGGAGUGUUGAGAUCCCACUGAAACAGGUGAUGAUUGUGGGAAUUGAUUGUUACCAUGACAGCUUAGCUGGAAAGCAGUCAAUUGCAGGAUUUGUCUCUAGCCUGAAUCAAACAAUGACUAGGUGGUUCUCCCGCUCUGUUGUUCAAAGUCGUGGGCAAGAACUUGUGGAUGGACUCAAAGCCUGCUUGCAGACUGCUCUGAGAGACUGGUUCAAGUGGAAUAAUUAUUUACCCUCUCGUAUUAUUGUGUAUCGUGAUGGUGUAGGAGAUGGACAGCUAAACACUUUGGUUAAUUAUGAAGUGCCUCAGUUUCUGGAUUGCUUGAAGAGUGUUGGUACAGACUAUAAUCCAAGGCUUACUGUGAUUGUUGUGAAGAAACGAGUGAAUACCAGAUUCUUUGCACACACUGCUGGAGGACUCAAAAACCCACCCCCUGGUACUGUUGUUGAUGUGGAGGUUACCAGACCAGAAUGGUAUGACUUCUUUCUUGUCAGUCAGACAGUGAGAAAUGGCUGUGUGUCACCCACCCAUUACAAUGUCAUAUAUGAUAGCAGCAAACUGAAGCCAGAUCAUAUACAACGUUUAACCUACAAACUUUGCCACAUGUACUAUAACUGGUCGGGUGUGAUCAGAGUACCUGCUCCUUGCCAGUAUGCUCAUAAACUGGCUUUCCUCGUUGGUCAGAGUAUUCACAGAGAACCAAACCUGAUGCUUUCAGACAAACUUUACUAUCUUUGA